AUGUCGUCUCCGAUACAGCUCUUCGAGCGGCCUUUCCAAGCAUAUAGCGGCCAGAAUGGCAUUAUGCGUGCCAUCUUGAUGCCCAACACCGAUCCAAUUGCUUCUGGAUCAACCAUCAUCCUCCCUCAAUACAAGCCGGAAGACUUCAUUGGCUAUCCGGUGAUAAGAGCAACGGUGCACUCCGACCAUGCAGGUUACGGCUCAAUGUAUGGCUGGAUCCAAUUCGUGAAAUGCACCAGCAAUGAUGAAGUUCCAUCUCAUGAUCGCGAGCCCACCGGUGUUCAGGAUGGCUGUUCCGACUUGGACUGGCAGCUUGACUUGGCACCCAUCUUUCAAGACUCAGACAUACCAUUCACAUAUUUUGGCUCUGAUCCUACGCUGUUCGAUGCCCCCACACGCAUCGGAAAGACAGAUUUCAAAUGGAGGGCACAGACUUAUCUGACAUAUAUCUCUGAUGCUCUCAUCACUCGACAAGUCACACCCAUUCUGGGAUUCGCAUGGGGAUUCAAUGUGGAAGAUGGUAUUAAGACCAUCGUUCCACUGGAAGAGUUGGACCUAAACACAUCGUGGAACGAACGCUUAGAUGCAUUGCGGCGGAGCUAUCCCAGUUGGACAUUUAAUUCGGCGAAAUAA